UCCUGGAUCCUGCCCCGGGACGCCGAAGUUGCGGCGGGGCGGCGGCCGCCCCUGUCGUCUCUCCCGAUGUCCGUGUGACUCCGCGGCGGCGAAGAGGAGGAGGAGGAGGAGGCAGGCAGGGGGAACCCUCCCGCCUCAGCCCCGCUCGCCGCUCCGCUCCGCUCCGGCGGGCUGUUGUGCGAGAGAGACAGACAGACAGACAGACACACACACCCCGCGCCCCGUCCCGCCCCGCAGCCCCGGGAGGCCGGGCCGGGCGCGGUGCUGCCGCCGAUCGCGGCUCCCUCGGCCGGGCCGGCCCGAGCGCCGCUGCCGUGUCCGCUGCCUGAGGAAGAGAAGGAGCAGGAGGCGGAGGGAGCGCCCCGGCGGGCAGCGGCGCAGCCAUGAGCGGCGGGGAGGUGGUCUGCUCGGGCUGGCUCCGAAAGUCCCCGCCGGAGAAGAAGUUGAAACGCUACGCAUGGAAGAGAAGAUGGUUUGUGCUUCGGAGCGGCCGCUUAACGGGGGAUCCAGAUGUAUUGGAAUACUACAAAAAUGACCAUGCCAAGAAGCCUAUCCGUAUUAUUGACUUAAAUUUGUGUCAGCAAGUGGAUGCUGGAUUAACGUUCAACAAGAAGGAGUUUGAAAACAGCUAUAUUUUUGAUAUCAACACUAUAGACCGAGUUUUCUAUUUGGUAGCAGACAGCGAGGAGGAGAUGAAUAAGUGGGUUCGAUGUAUCUGUGAUAUCUGUGGGUUCAACCCUACAGAUGAGGAUGCUGUGAAGCCACCAGUUAGCUCUUUACAACCAUCUGCUGAGUUACCCUUGCCCAUCAGCACUUCACCACCUUCCAUGCAAGCAGAAUCUUCCCUUCCUUCUCCUUACCGGCUUAUUAACGUCCCCCCUCUGGAGCCUUCCUCUGGUCAAGAAGAUCCUCAAGACUACUUACUGCUAAUAAACUGUCAAAGUAAAAAACCUGAACCUAUGAGAUCUCAUGCUGACUCUGCAAAAUCCAGCUCUUCAGAAACAGACUGCAACGAUAACCUGCCCUGCCACAAAAACCCUGCUCCAUCAGGGAGCAAGCACGCUGUGAACGGCUUCUUCCCGCAGCAGGGCGUCUACGACUCCCCGCCUUCCCGCUCCGCGCUGACGCUGGCAGACUCCAGCCUCUACAACCUGCCUAGGAGUUACUCCCAGGAUGUUUUGCCCAAGGCAGCGUCCCCAUCCAGGACUGAUGCCGAAGGAGAGCAGCAUGUUUUCAGUACUCCGUCAGCGACGUCCUUAGACGCACAGAUGAGGCACAUCUCCAUUAGCUACGACAUUCCCCCCACACCCGGAGGUACUUACCAGAUCCCACGGACUUUCCCAGAGGGAACGUUGUCUCAGACUUCAAAACUGGAGACUAUUCCAGACAUCCCUCCACCUCGGCCACCCAAACCUCACCAGGCUGCGGAUCGAUCUCCCGUGGAAAGCUGCAGCGUCGGCCGCACCGCUUCCGACACGGACAGCAGUUACUGCAUCCCUGCCGCGGGAGCGCCGCCCUCGCGCAGCAACACCAUUUCCACGGGAGAUCUGAACGUCUUCCGCAAAGAAAUUAGUUCUCAAGACUGUUAUGAUAUUCCACGAACGUUUCUGAAUGACAGAUCUAAUUCAUUGGAGGGCUUCCAUAACCACUUUAAAAACAGAAGCAUGUUGACAGUGGGAAGUGUUUCAAGUGAAGAACUAGAUGAAAAUUAUGUCCCAAUGAAUCCCAACUCUCCUCCACGACAGCAUUCCAGCAGCUUCACUGAACCCAUCCAGGAAACAAACUAUGUACCAAUGAUACCAGGCACGUUUGAUUUUCCAUUAUUUGGAAAGCAAGUCCCUCCUCCUGCUCACAUGGGUUUCAGGUCCAGCCCAAAGACCCCUCCCAGACGGUCGGUACCUGCUGCAGAAUGUGAGCCUCCGCCAGUGGACCGGAACCUAAAACCAGACAGAAAAGGUCAAAGUCCUAAAAUUUUAAGACCUAAACCACAUGGUUUAGAGCGAACUGAUUCACAAACCAUAGGUGACUUUACUACAAGAAGAAAGGCAAAACCAGCUCCACUAGAAAUAAAACCUCUGCCUGAAUGGGAAGAACUACAAGCUCCAGUUAGAUCUCCUAUCACCAGAAGCUUUGCACGAGACUCCUCCAGGUUUCCCGUGUCUCCCAGACCGGAUUCAGUUCAUAGCACAACUUCCAGCAGUGACUCGCACGACAGUGAAGAGAAUUAUGUAUCCAUGAACCCAAAUCAGUCCACUGAAGACCCAAAUUUGUUUGGAAGCAACAGCCUUGAUGGAGGAAGCAGCCCUAUGGUAAAACCUAAAGGAGAUAAACAAGUGGAAUAUUUAGAUCUGGACCUAGAUUCGGGAAAGUCCACCCCACCUCGCAAGAAAAAGAGCAGUGGCUCGGGCAGCAGCGUGGCAGACGAGAGGGUGGAUUACGUUGUGGUGGACCAGCAGAAAACGCUGGCCCUGAAGAGCACGCGGGAGGCGUGGACUGAUGGCAGACAGUCUACGGAGUCCGAGACGCCCACCAAGAGCGUGAAGUGAAAACACUGCCUUGUCUCUGAAGAGCAGAAAGAAGUGGGUUUUGGAGAGUCACAGAACCACAAUGGAGCUGUUGUUCAGCUGUACAGUACCUGAUUGCCCGGGGUGGGAAUCAGUUCCUUGCCGAACAGGAUGGAAGCCAAAGGACACUUUGAAUAUAUCAAAGGAACCUUAAGAUCAUGAAUUGGCUCUGUGGUGUCUGGAAAAAUCACAGCCUGUAAAUAAUAUGUAAAAUAAUAUCACUGAGCUUUCA